AUGGCUUCACAACUUGUUAGUGAUGUAAGAUGUCAACCAUUACUAAUGCAGUAUGCAGCUUCUUAUGGUGAAAGAGGAAGCAAACAAAAACCAUUUCGUCGCCAAAACUAUGGUUAUCGUCGAAUAGAGAAUAACAUAAUUUACCCUGAAGAAAGUGCCUUCAAAGAGCACAAAAAUAAGAAAGAAUCAUCACAUGAAAAGGGUGCAAAACGUAGCACAAAUCUAGGUCAAGCACAGAAGCUUCAGAGGUUAGGAUUCUCUUACCUUGCAACAUCUUUUCUUUACAUGGUAAUUAAGGUUAAAGCAUUGUACAAAGGUUUCAUUGGAGAUGUUGGUAGUGAAUCAAGAAUGGUGGGAAUUGAAGCACCAGUGGCAGAGGCAUAUUUCUCAGUUCCAGUUCUACCAAAUUAA